GCACAAACCUCCAGUUGACCGACAAAACAAGAUCAGCGUACCUGCAUUCCAUCGAACCUCGCCGACCUCGAAUCUCAAUCCCUCGAUAUCGCUGGACCGCCAACCACCGCCAUCAUGAUCAACCAAACCGGCAUGCUCGGUGAAGAUGGCAUCCACAUCGACAUGAACCAUCUCAAAUCGGGAGAGGUCAACCUCGGAACCUCGAUCAUGGCCAUCAACUUCAAGGACGGGGUCAUCUUGGGAGCAGACAGUCGAACAACCACAGGCGCAUACAUUGCCAACCGCGUCACGGACAAACUCACACAAGUUCACGACACGAUCUGGUGCUGUCGGUCAGGCUCAGCGGCGGACACACAGGCAGUGGCGGAUAUUGUGCAAUACCACCUGGGCAUGUACGGCAUCACAAACGACGAACCACCGACGACACAAACGGCCGCGGCCAUCUUUCAAGAGCUGUGCUAUGACAACAAGGACUCAUUGAGUGCGGGCAUCAUCAUCGCAGGGUGGGACCACAGACAUGGCGGACAGGUGUACUCGAUCCCGUUGGGAGGCUCUCUUCACAAGCAGUCUUACGCCAUCGGCGGGUCAGGCUCGACAUACAUCUAUGGUUACUGCGACGCCAACUGGAAGGAGGGCAUGGAUGAGGCGGAGGGAAUCUCGUUUGUGAAGGGCGCGCUACAGGAGGCGAUCAAGUGGGAUGGCAGCUCGGGAGGUGUGAUUCGCAUGGUGGUUCUGACGGCGAAGGGUGCUGUGCGACACUUGUAUCUUCCUGACAGAGGCUACACCGGGCCAGGAACCGACAAGCCAUGA